AUGUUAGAGUUUCUGAAGAACAAUUCCCCCCUCCUCUUCGCGCUUCUCCUUAGUGGUCAUGGACUUCGAAAGCGCUCCCUGUCACCUUCGGGCGCAUUCGCCGCUUUCAUCGUUGGAUGGGCAAUGAUGAACGUGAAAGUCCGCGCUGUGGGCGUGAGCUUGAUAGUAUUUUACUUGACGGGGAGUCGUGCUACUAAAUACGGCAAGCAAAAGAAGAAACUGCUUGAGGACGGGUACGAGGAAGCUGGGUACCGAAGCGGCUCGCAAGUGCUGUGCAACUCGGUGUGGGCUUUGAUUGCCAGUAUCGCCUGGACGGUAUCAUUUAUGCCCGACUCCUUCGAGUCUGUCCUGGUGAAAUCCUUCGGAAUCAAUAGCGCGUCGAAUACCGUGUACGACGGUGCAUGGUGUCCGCUGGACAAAGCCAUCGAGGUGGGCUGGAGUAGAGCCCUACUCAUGGGUGUUCUCGGGCAUUUCGCUUGCUGUUUGGGUGACACCCUCGCCUCAGAACUUGGGAUACUUUCUCAAUCAAAACCUGUGCUUAUCACGACGUUGAAGCCCGUACCACCAGGGACCAACGGUGGGAUCUCCUUCGGGGGAACGCUUGCCUCGAUUAUCGGUGGCGCUAUCAUGGGCAUUACUAUGGCUGCCAGUGUCAUUCUCCAGAACUCCACUUGCGCGGCGGAUUGGUUUACCCUAACCGCUGAAUGUAUAUUUUGGGGCGUCGUGGGUGGUGGGGGAGGAAGCAUGGUUGACUCGUUCCUUGGGGCUACAAUACAGCGGACAGUCUACUCGGAAGAGAAGAAGAGGAUCACUGAACAUGGUCAAGGAAAGAUCAUUAGUGGGCUGAACUUGUUGAGCAACAAUCAGGUUAAUCUACUUGCGUCACUGCUGACUAGCAUUUGUAUCGCGUAUCUAGCAUGA